UAUGGCUCAAAUGUAACUUCCUCACUCAGACCAUAUUUCGUUAGAGUAUCAAACUCUAAACACGUGCAACUCUAGAAAAUAAAGUUUUAAAGCAAGAUGUGUAAGCAUGGCUUUUUAUGGACACUUCUUGGCCAGUACUAGCUUGUUGCAAUAGUUCUCUUCAAAGUGGAAGCCUGGAUGGUAGCGUAUCCAAUGAACAAAGUCAGCUUCUGUUUGUGGUGUUCUCUCACUCUUCUAAUUGUUCAGUCAUCCACAGGACAUGACUUCCAAUGUGCCAAUGGAUCCUCUGUUCCACCUAAGGAAGCGUGGAAUUUCACCAACCAGUGCGAAGACAGCAGUGAUGAAAAACAUUGUUCCUCCUAUGAAACAUGUGACUUUGAAACUGACCUUUGCAAUAUGAUGCAUGAUGGGCACUUACAGACUGGAUGGACUAGGAGAAAUGGCCUGAGCAACAUGGGAUCUCCACAUUCUGACCACAAUGGGAAUAAAACUGCCUAUUUCCUCUUAUUGUCCUCUGAAGUGGCCUCAUCUCCUGCAACUUUAAGGAGCAGAGUUUUCCUCCCUACUGAUAGCAAACACGUUUGCCAGAUUGCAUUUUACUAUUGGAUUGGUCAAAUGAGGGGAAUAUUGAUGGUGGGACUCCAAACACAUUCUAAUGGUACUUUUAAAAACAUCUGGCAAGAAGCAGGAGGGCUACAAAACCAAUGGAGAACAAAUGUGAUCACAAUCAAUAGCACUGAAAAAUUUGAGGUUGUCAUUCAAGGGACACUUGAGGCCCGGGGACCAGAUGACACCAUUGCUAUUGAUGAUAUUUCUUUCAGUGGAGGAUGUUUUCCAGCAUUCGGCCAUUAUGUGUGUAUGAGAGCUAAUGACAACACAUUAUACAAAAGUGCUUAUCUUAACAGCUCCAUGUAUCACUGCUUUGGCAAGAAUUGCCAUUUUCAAUUUUAUUACUCCAUGGCAGAUAGCAGUGUUCUCAAAGUGGUACUGUAUACUAAUAAGGAUGAGCAAGUACUGUGGAAAACCAACACAUCAACUAACAAUGAGUGGGUCAGAGCAGAUGUGCAGGUGCCAGCAAGUCUGAAAAAACUAAAGCUUGUGUUUGAAGGAACUAUUCAGAGCAGGACAGGGUUUAUCUGUCUGGAUAACCUCCAGUUCUCAGACUGGGCAACAGAAUCACCAGAGCUCUGCUCCCCAGAGGGGUUCACCUGUGCCAAUGGCCAGGGUGUUGCCAGUGGAUCAGCCUGUGAUUACCAGCUGGACUGUUCUGAUGGAAGUGAUGAAGAUCCAACAGCUUGUUCAAAUUAUACUACGUGUAACUUUGAGACUGAUUUUUGUGGCUGGAAGCCAUUAAACACAGAAGAUGCUAAGUGGAAUAUAGUAAAAGGAGAGACUUCCAAUGACACAAAACUUCCUAACCGAGACCAUACAACCAACAGUGAACACGGAUCCAUGCCUCUUUCAGGGUACAAGGAUGGGCAAUGCUCACUUAAUGAGCAGCUCUUCAAUAUUUCAUUUUAUUCCAAACAUUCAGUACGUGGCCCCACACAUUAUUUCCUGCACUCCAUUCAAAACCUGCAGAAUUAA